AUGGGUUUAAAUGUUUUUUCUUUGUUUUUAACGUUUUCCAUAGCAUCCGCAUCUCUGCCUGAUUUGGGAUAUCCGGGAUGGACUUGCGAUCCAUCUCUUUAUAAAAAAAGCCAACAAGUCCCAACUUCCGCCCAUUCUGUUCGUUUCUCUGAUAUUAAAAUCAUUGGAGCACUUGGGGAUUCAUUGACUGCUGCAAAUGGAGCCGGAGCACCAAAAGGAGAUCCAUUGGCUGUAAUUUUGCAGUAUAGAGGAUUAGCAUUUCAAUGUGGAGGAGACUCUUCACUAGAUGAACAUGUAACUGUUGCAAAUGUUAUGAAGAAGUUUAGUCCUAAUAUAAUGGGAUACUCUACUGGAAUUGGUAGUGCUAAUGUUUGGGAAGUGUCAAAGUUGAAUCAAGCCGUCCCUGGAGCCCAGGCAGCUGAUAUUAUUACUCAAGCCAGAGCUCUUGUCCAAAUUAUGCAAAACCACAGAGAUAUUGAUAUCAAAAAUGAUUGGAAGCUUAUCAAUGUAUUUAUUGGAGCAAACGACAUGUGCCGUUAUUGCGAAGAAAAGGAAAAUGGAAUUCACUCGAAAGCAAAUUGGAAACAAAAUGUGACAACUGCAAUUCAGAUUUUGAAAGAUCAUUUACCAAGGACAAUUGUUUCAAUGACUGGAAUGUUCGAUAUGAGAAUGCUUCGUCAAAUCGACCAUGAUAAAUAUUUCUGUGAUGGACUCCAUGUAUUCGAAUGUCCCUGUGAAAAGAAAUCUUCAUUCACAAAUGAUGAUGUCUCCCAAGCCUGUCAUUUAUACAUGGAUGCUCAACAAGAAAUUCAAGAUUCUGGAAUAUUCGAUACAUCAGAUGAUUUUACUUUUGUCCUUCAACCAUUCUUUAAUGGAAUCACAAUUCCUCCAUUGAAACCUGACGGAGAAGUGAAUUUAGAUUGGUUUGCACCAGAUUGCUUCCAUUUUUCAAGACUCGGGCAUGCAAAUGUGGCAAAGCACUUGUGGAAUAAUAUCGUUCAACCAGUUGGUUCUAAGAAUCAUAUCGUAAAUCUUUCAGAUCCAACAAUUCCUUUAAAUUGCCCUGAUGCAACCUGUCCAUUUAUCAGAACCACUAAAAAUAGUGUUGACUGCUCCAAAUAUUUCACUGCUUGA